AUGGCACCAGGUGGGAGACCACGUCGUUCACGCAAUAGAUCUACCCCUUCUACCCGUGAUGCGACGGAGACAGCAUCGCCAUCACAUACUGCAUCGCAGGCGUCUGAUCCCUCAGUUGUACAUACACCGGACAUUGCAUCUUUGUGCAAUCUUAAGAAUCUCCAAGAGCUGGAUCUUCAAAGCAAUGAAUUGGAAGGGAGCCUUCCUCCAUGUCUCAGCAACUUGUCAUCCCUCCAACUACUUGAUCUCUCCCGUUCUCUCUCACUUAGCUCAUUUGCUAACCUUUCCAAACUCGAGGUUGUGGAACUUUCAGUACGGAAAGCUACCUAUUGGAUCGAUUUGUACGAAGUUAUAACUUAUCCCAAUCAAUUAGAGGUUGAAACGGAAUCCACUCCUUGGGUUCCUAAAUUCCAGUUGAAAGCCCUCCUCUUAUCAAACUGCAAGGUCAACAAGCUCACUGGUACGGUUCCCAGCUUCCUUUCCAGCCAAUAUGACUUGAUAGAACUGGACCUUUCGUACAACAACAUGAAGGGAAAGUUUCCAUCUUGGUUGUUAGAGAAUAAUCAAAGACUACAAAGUCUAGACCUGAAUAGCAACUCCUUUGUCGGCCCAUUCUAUCUGCCACCACAUCCAAACAUGGAUAUAUCCUUGUUCGAUGUCUCCAACAACCACAUCAAAGGGCAACUUCCUGAAAAUAUCGGUUUCCUCCUCCCAAAUUUACAAUACUUAAACAUGUCUAUAAACGCUCUUCAUGGCACCAUUCCUCCAUCAAUGGGCAACAUGAGACAAAUGCGUUCUCUAGAUUUGUCGAGAAACAAAUUUUCAGGAGAAAUACCAGAGCAAUUGCCCAUGGGUUGCAUCUCAUUGGAAAUUUUGAAGCUAUCAAACAAUAGAUUACAAGGCCCAGUAUUUCUGACUCAUUCGAACUUGACAGUGUUACGGUUUCUGUAUCUAGAUGGUAAUAGAUUCACAGGGAAGAUCUCAGCUAGUAUAUUUAAAAGUCAGUAUCUAUGGAUUUGGGAUGUUGGUAAAAACAACCUAUCGGAUUGUCUUCCUAUACAGAUUGGGAACUUUACUAAAUUGGAGUUGCUAUACAUGUCAAAAAACCAUUUCAAAGGUUCGAUUCCAAUUGAGUAUUGCAACCUCUCCAAUCUAUCCCUUUUGGACCUUUCCCAAAAUAGAAUUUUUGGGUCCACACCUUCAUGCGUCAACCCGUCUUUAAGAUUCUUACAUUUGCAAGGAAAUGUGCUUACAGGAUUGAUGCCAAAUACUUCAUUCAAAAUAUCCUCCCUUGUUACAAUAGAUGUCAGGCACAACAACAUAUCUGGUAAUAUUCCAAGUUGGAUUGGUACUUUUACUAAUUUAAGGGUUCUUCUCCUCGGAGGAAAUAAUUUCCAAGGUCACAUUCCCCUGCACUUGUGUCAACUGAAGAACAUCAGCAUACUGGAUCUUUCACACAAUAAUCUCUCUGGAACAAUACCGCCAUGCUUUGGUAAUAUGACAUUCGGGAGGGCAGGAGUAAUUGACUUUUCAACUUUUGUUGUCUCUAGAGGAAUUUUUGGUUUCUUUCAAAGCAAAGAUUUUCCUGGACAUCCUAUUGCUUUCCGUAUGUCACCAGAAGAGGAAGAAGUGGAGUUUAUAACAAAGAGGAGGUCUGAAACUUUCAAGGGCGACGUUCUUUACUUUAUGUCUGGUGUAGAUCUAUCAUGGAACCAGUUAACAGGUGAAAUCCCACCUGAAAUUAGACAUCUAACUGCUAUUCAUGCAUUGAACUUGUCCCACAAUCAAUUAACUGGACCAGUUCCAGAAACCUUCUCAAACCUAAAACAGAUUGAGAGCUUGGACCUUUCUUACAACAGAUUGAGUGGGGAGAUUCCUCCUCAACUUACUGAGCUCAACUUCUUAUCUACAUUCACAGUGGCCCACAAUAACUUAUCCGGCAGGACACCCGACAGGAAAGCGCAGUUUGGCAUCUUUGGAGAAACAAGCUAUGAAGGCAAUCCCCAUCUCUGUGGACCACUACUGAAGAGUUGCUUUCCCACUUCUUUGCUACCACCUUCAAUCCCAACAGAACCAGAUGAUGAGGAAGGCGGUUAUGAUAUAAUCCUCUAUGCAUGCUUUUUUGGGUCGUGCACCAUGUCCUUCUUUUGUUUUGAUAGCUCUUCUCUACAUCAACCACUAUGGGCGAGGCCUAUAUUUCUAUAUGGUUGA